AUGACGGCGGCCCUGAUGAUGAUGAUGACGACGAUGACGUUUAUGAUGAUCGUCGCGUUGGUGGCGGUGGUGAUCCCUGGAGCCCACGGCUACCUGGAGGAGGAGGUUAAGGCCUCGCUGCUCGGGGCACUGGGUCUGAAGGAACCUCCGCGGAUCGAGAAGAGGGACCUGGAAUCGGUGAUCGUUCCGGCCGCGGUGCGGGCGCGCUACGCGACGAUGCUGCAGAGACACCACGAGAGGAGUCGUCGGAGUCUGCCGAGUCUUGCCGGCAUCUUCCGCGGACUCCGCGGCAACGCAGACAUUGCGGGCGACGUAGUGUUCGAGGACGCGACGCGCCAGCGGCUGACGUUCGACAUGAGGGACCGCAUCCCGGACAACAGCGAGGUGACGUUGGUGGAGCUUCGCCUCUUCAAGACGGCGCCCGGUGGGGCCUUCAGCGCAGCUGCGCAGAGGAGACACGCGCGGCCCGCUAACCACGCGCGCGUCAGCGUCUUCUGGCUGGAGGAGCCGCUCGUGGGGGCGAUGAACCGCUCCACCCUGGUCGACUCCAGACUCGUGCCCGUGGGUGACUCUGGCUGGAAGGGCUUUGACGUGACUCAGGCCGUCCAGCACUGGCAGCAGCAGCGAGGCGACGCUCCCCUACGAUUGGAGGUGCGCGUCGAGGGCGAGCGGCCGGGCAGCCACGCCGCGCACAUGGCCUCGCUGGUGCGAUUCACACCGCAGGAGACCGGCGAACAGCCGCCCAUGGGCAAGCCCGAGCUGGUGGUGUACACCCUGAACCUGGCCGAGUACGGCGGCCGAGGCGACUGCGAACUCGAUUCAUCGCACCCGGACCACGCCUGCUGCCGCGGCCACAACUUCAUUAACUUCCGCGAGCUCACGUGGACCCAGUACUGGGUGCUGGAGCCCGCGGGCUACGAGGCGUUCCGCUGCACGGGCGGCUGCCGACAGCCGAGGCCCCUCCACUCGAUGUACGGGCCACGCCACUGCUCGCCUGUGGAGAGCUCCCCGCUGCCCAUGAUGUACCUGGUGAAGAAGGGCGACUACACGGAGAUUGAGGUGGCCGAGUUCCCCAAUAUGAUCGUCGAGAAGUGCGGCUGCGCCAUGGACAACAUCUCCGUGGUGUGA